GGCUGAAGUUCAGGAAGUAGUGCAGCUGGGCAUAAAGCCUAUUAUAUGUUUUUCCCCACAUAUUUCUUUUCAAAGAGGGAAUACACUAAGAUAAUAAAGACUCAUUAAAAUUACUUCACAUUUACACCUAUUUAUUAAGGUUACAUGAAUGGAGCCCAUUUUGUUUCCUACAAUUUGUUGUACAGUACAUAACAUAAAAAUGUUGUCAACAGUAACAACCUUGGAAAUCAUGACUGUGUCAUAUAAAUUUACUGUAUUUUGCUACAAACACUGGAAAAAUAAUACAUUCAUGUUUUUUCAGACCUCACAAAUGGCUGCAGUAAAAUGUCUGAACACAGUUUUUUUUAUUAGAUUAUUAGUUUUAAAAUAAUCUCUCGUUGUGAGAAAGCAAAAGUAUGUUUGAGGUCUUUCUGACAGGAAAUAUCUUUUUAUCAGGUGAGACACGCUACUUAACAAAUUAACGGUUUUAAUGAAAAGGUACAGUAUGAAAGUAAGGUCAAUGUAUGUUCUUUCAGCAUCAUUUUGUUUUAUUGUUGUUCUUUUUAAGUGUUAUCAUUGGUGGCGGUUGAGAGCAUCAUUACCAUGGCAACAUGGAAUAACUUAUGAAAAUUAACCUUAUAUUUACUACAGUUAAACAAAAAGAUAAAACAAACUACUAGUUAAACAAUGGUUAAUUUUUAUAAUUUCUGUGCCAUCAGCCUCAUAGACAUACACUCAACAAUCUGUUGAUAGUAAAACUACAACUUACAAGAAAUAUACAGUAUAAUAUCCUAUUCUGAAGACAUGAAAUAAAUAGCUGGCUAUAUUUAUUAAAAUGUGCUUUGACGGUGGAAAUCUAUCUUGCCUGAUAAGACAAUAAUAGUGAAAAAACCGUAUUUGUGCUUCCCAAGUAAAUUGUUUCAUUUGUUUUACUAACUUUGUUUAUUGCCUAACUGGACACUCCCAUAGUGGAUAUAUAAAAGUUGCUGUGUUGUAAAGGGCCAGUUCAGUUCCUCUAUUUAACAGGACAAAGAUCUGCUAACAGUGUCAUUACCUAAGGAAUUUUUUGUCCAGUGGUGAGUGAGUGAAGGACGAUGGCAUCAAGUCAGCUUCACGAAUCACAGGUGCAAGAUGCUGCAAUUCAGAUCGACAGAAGAUUGACAGGAAUCAAUGUUGAGAUGAAAGCUGACAGAGGUGCAACUGUAAAUGCUCCUUUACUUACGGGAAACAUCAUAUCAGGCCCAGUAAACAUUUAUGGCUCAAACUAUGCAGAGCAACAACCGUCCUCAGAGACAGCAGGAAAACAUACAGUAAAACAAGUGGACUUAAUGCAUUUUUUGAAAUGUCACAAAACCAACAUGAAAGACAAGGCACAGCAUAUUUUUGAUGUCAAAAAGGAGGAAGAAAUAUAUCUGAAGGAUGUUUACACAGAGCUCUUUAUCACAGAAGGUGAUAUUAAAGGAGUCAAUGAAGAACACGAGAUUCUGCAGAUUGUUAAAGCUUUCAAGGGUAAAAAACAACAGGACAGACCAAUCCACUGCAAUGAUAUAUUCAGUUCACUGAGACAAAGAACGACAAAUAAAAAGGUUGUACUGACCAAAGGCAUUGCUGGCAUUGGAAAAACUGUCUCUGUACACAAGUUCAUCCUGGACUGGGCUGAAGGAAAAGCAAAUCAAGAUAUAGACGCCAUGUUCCUGUUUCCAUUCCGGGCGAUUAAUAUGAUUAAAGUUAAUGAGAUCAGUCUUCACCAGUUUCUGAGUAAAUUUUAUCCUGAUCUGAAAGAUAUUGAUAUAACAAAUCUACAUAAGAAGUGUAAUCUUGCACUUAUUUUUGAUGGACUUGAUGAGAGUCGAUUGCCUUUAAAUUUUGGAUGCGAAAUACUGAAUGAUGUUGAGGAAAGAUCAUCUGUAGAUGAAUUGUUCACAAAUCUGGUGAAAGGUCAUCUGCUUCCAUCAGCUCUUGUCUGGGUGACCUCCCGACCAGCAGCAGCCAAUCAAAUCCCUUCAGAGUUUGUAGGUUUGUUCACAGAGGUGCGAGGAUUCACUGAUCAACAGAAGGAAGAGUACUUCAGAAAGAGAAUAUCAGAUGAGUCUCAAGCCUCCAGAAUUAUCUCACACAUCAAAACAUCUCGUAGUCUUUACAUCAUGUGCCACAUUCCUGUCUUCUGUUGGAUUACAGCUAUUGUUCUUCUGGAAACUCUCAAUGAAAACAAGACAGAGGAGAUUCCCACAACACUCACUGAAAUGUACAUUCACUUCCUUAUAAUACAGAUGAACAUAAAGAACCGGAAACAUGAUGAAGAUGUUGAAAGAAACUAUGCAAAGUUGUUGGAUUCAAAUAAAACAAAUAUAUUAAAGUUGGCCAAGCUAGCUUUUGAACAACUAAAGAAAGAAAACACAAUGUUUUAUGAGAAAGAGAUGAAAAAGUGUGGUAUUGAUGUGAAUGAAGACACACCUGAGUCCACAGGAAUGCUCACUGAGAUCUUUAAGAAAGAAGCUGGACUUCAUGAGAUGAAGGUCUUCUGCUUUGUACAUCUGAGUGUUCAAGAGUUCCUCGCUGCACUACAUGUGUUCAUGAGCUACCUGAACAAGAACCUGAAGGAGCUUCAGUUUUUCUACAAUCAUGAAAUUCAGUUCUUCUUUAAAAAGUUUCUUCACAAAGUUACUCUGCAUGACUUACUGAAGAAUGCUGUUGAUAAAGCGAUGAAAAGUAAGAGAGGACAUUUUGACCUUUUCUUGAGGUUUCUGUUGGGCAUUUCACUGGAAUCCAAUCAGAAACUGCUGAACGGUCUGUUUAAUGUCACUGAGAACAGCACAGAGAGCAUCACAAUAGUUAAAGAGCACAUUAAACAAUUACAAAACCACAACAUCCCAGCUGAAGCUUCAGUUAAUUUAUAUUACUGCCUACUUGAGCUAAAAGACAAAUCAUUAUAUGAGGAAAUCCAGCUAUACUUGAGUUCAGGUGAUCAUUCAGGAAGAGAACUCUCAGCUUCAAUGUGUUCAGUGUUGACCUACAUACUGCUGAUGUCAGAUGAGGUGAUGGAUGAGUUCGACAUGAAGAUGUACAAAACAUCACCUGCAAACUACAUCAGACUGAUCCCAGCUGUGAGAUGCUGCAAAAAAGCUAAACUGAUAGACUGUAAUCUCACUGUUGAGUGCUGUGAAAGUUUAUCAUCAGCUCUUCAAUCAUCAAAUCAUCUGAUAAAGUUGAACCUGAGUUACAGUAAACUUCAGGAUUCAAGAGUGAAGCUGAUCUCUGAUGGACUGAAGAGCCCAAACUGUAAACUGCAGAUACUGAGAUUAUUUGACUGUAAGAUGACAGAGGAAGGCGUUUCUUAUCUGACUUCAGCUCUGAGGUCAAACCCAUCACACAUAAGAGAUCUGGAUCUGAGCGGUAAUUGUCCAGGAGUCUCAGGAAUGAAGCUGCUCUCUGAUCUACUGGAAGAUCCAAACUGUAGACUGGAGACACUAAGAUUGGAACGCUGUAAUCUUACUGCUGAGUGCUGUAAAAGUUUAUCAUCAGCCCUACAAUCAUCAAACUGUCAUUUGAUAGAUCUGGACCUGAGUGAAAAUGACCUACAGGAUUCAGGAGUGAAGCUGAUCUCUGAUGGACUGAAAAGUCCACACUGUAAACUGGAGAAACUGAGUUUAUCUGGCUGUAAGGUAGAAUAUGUGGGCUUUUGUUAUCUGGCUUCAGCUCUGAGAUCAAACCCCUCACACCUAUGUGAGCUGGAUAUGACCUUCAAUAACCUAGGAUACUCAAAGAGUUGGCUGAAGGCUCUGCUGAAUGAUACAAACUGCAGCCUGAAUGAUGUCGAUUUAGGUUUUGCGGUGGUGUACAAGAAAAAAGGGCCGUUUCCCCUGAAACCUUCUUAGCUCUACGUCGUUCUUAAAGGAAUAUUCCACUUUCUUAAAAGAAAAAUCCAGAUCAUUUACUUACCACCAUGUCAUCCAAAAUGUUGAUGUCUUUCUUUGUUCAGUCGAGAAGAAAUUAUGUUUUUUGAAGAAAACAUUGCAGGAUUUUUCUCAUUUUAAUGGACUUUAAUAGAGCCCAACAUUUAAAGGAACAGUAUGUAAGAAAUUUAUAUCAAUUAAUCAUAAAAUGGCUCUGAUAUGUCACUAGACAUUAAGAAAUCAUUUUCAUUUCAAAUACUUAUAUCACUGACAACAGUGGUCCGGCCAGGAUAUUGUCAUUUAAAAAGUGGAGUUGCAGCCCUCAACUGAUGUUUAUGUUGUCAUGUUGUGUAUUGGCCACCAGUUGUGUGAUUGCAGUACCGGUUUUAGCCACAAGUUUUGUGAUUGCAGUACCAGUUUUGGCCACAAUCCUACAUACUGUUCCUUUAAUACUUAACUCAACACUUAACAGUUUUUUUCAACGGAGUUUCAAAGGACUAUAAACAAUCCCAAA